GAACCAGUUUAGUCAACUCCCACUAGCCAACUCCACCCAAUUUCAUAUCUUUGGGUGGAGUGAAACAGACCUUUAAAAGCUGCAUGCGGUGACCUGCUGACCAACAGGACAAGUGAAACACUCACCAAGACAAAAUGGUUGUGUGGACAGACUUUGAGCGCACCACGAUCCAGGACAUCUUCUCCAAGAUCGACUAUGCGGUCGUUGGGCAAGCAGCUUUUUCCAGGUGUUUGAUUGUGUACCCCUGGACUCAGAGGUAUUUUGGUGGAUUUGGAAACCUCUACAAUGCUGCUGCUAUCACAACAAAUCCAAAGGUUGCUGCUCAUGGAAAAGUUAUCAUGGAAGCUCUGGAAAAAGCAGUGAAGGACAUGGACAACAUCAAGGCCACAUAUGCAGAGCUGAGCGCGCUGCACUCUGAGAAACUGCAGGUGGACCCUGACAAUUUCAUGCUCCUGGGUGACUGCUUGACCAUUGUGGUUGCUUCUCAAUUGGGUAAAAACUUCACUGCUGAGGUUCACGCAGCUUUCCAGAAGUUCCUGGCAGUGGUGGUGUCCUCCCUCAGAAGACAGUACUACUAAAGAGCUGCAGAUGCCCGUCACAUGCUCUGUUUUAAACCCUUGUCUCAAUGAGCUUUAAACAAAAUAAAAUAUUAAGCAGCUUCAGAAAGUUCCGUGUUUUCUUUUUCACUUUGUUUAUGAUUAAAUUAAACUGUCUGUAAUGAUUAGUUAAACUUAAAAAAAAAAAAACCCAACAGUUUACUAAUUUUAGUGUUUGAACACCAAAAUGUAAAAGUUUAUAUCUAACCUAUUAGCAAAAUAAAUUUCAAUAUCAAAAGUGAAAUGACAUGUGUUAUGAUCCUGCUCAAAAAUUAUAAUGUAAAAUGAAUGCACU